UUUUCGUAGCCAGUUUCUCCGGUGCUUCUUAUUGGUUCCAGUAUUUGUAAAUCUCAGUGAUCCUUAUUGCACAGUGAUCCUUCUCCUCUCCUCGGUAGGGGAUAUUCAGCACACCAACAGAAUCCUUUUUCAUCGCGGCCACGAUGAUUCACUGCAGUAGUACGGGAUCGAAGAGCCUCUCUUUAUCAGCGCUUCUCUCAACAACAUGAUUUCUUUUGCUCUUCCACAACCCUCCUCGGCAUAAUGUACGCACCAACUUCUUCAGCCCCUUUCUCCCGUUCUGCUCUCAACCCUCCCGUACGCUUCGUACCACCAUGCACAGCUCCAGCAACCGUGAAGCAAGAAUCAGAUGAUGCGGAACCAAUACUGAUUGGCAGCAAUAGUCCCUCGCCCGAACCUCGAUCCAGCGUCGAAUCCCGCAAUCGCCUCUUCACCUCCCUCGAACUUGGCGAUCACAUCUUUCGAAACCCACGCUCCAUCACGACUCCUGAUGAUCUCGACGACUCUGAACUGAAACGAUGUUUCGAUAUACUCCACGCUUGCAGUCUUGCGACAGAGUUCAACGCGACGCUUUCUAAUACCAAGGAUACAAUGGAGGACUUCCUAACGGCCAUCUUCAAGAACUGGACGGGAGACGCGGGUGAACUGGACAAGCCAACUAUGGACUUUGUUGUUCGCGAGUAUAUUAGUGUUGGAAACAUUUGCAGCCAGCCCGCCAAUCAUCGAACCAGCUCCUCAUGCGCCGAAUCAUCAUCCUGCCGCACCCCAGUCUUUGGAAUCGCCACAUAUCGAAGUCGACCAGCUCAACUCAGCAUCAGUUUCUCCACCACAGAGCCGGAGCAAGGUUCGAGCCAAGAUGCACAGGACUUAUUCUGUCCGAUGGAGCGCACUGAUGUGAGAUGGGAGGAGGGCGAUUGGAUGACCGAUUUACGACGGAGCAUGAAGAGGACUUGUAUCAACAAGGUGCACAGGUACAAUAAACAUCUUGCGAUCUGGUAUGUGAGAAGCUUGGUUGGUGGUUGGGCGAAGGGAAGCAUUUGGAUGGGGAAGGACGUUGAGGUCUUUUCGUUUGUGGCGAAGGAGGCUGUUGAUGCGGCGUUUGCUAUGAUGGGGGAUAUUUGAUUGGUCUUUUGGAGAUGGUACACACUAAACUGGAAGACAAUGGGCUUGGGCAUCAAAGGUAUCGAAGACAGAAUGUUGCGCAACCAUGGAACAAGACGUUACACGGCAAGGUGUUUUGGGAGUUUACACAAAGGACGAUACCAGGAUGAACAAACAAUGACUUUUCUUUUGAAACUGCUCUAGUCAACUUCUUGUAGGUGCUUCUUUAUCGACCUCAAACCAUGAGAGUGAUCAUGUCCUUCAUGGUCCUCAUGCUCGUCAUCCUCCGGCCAAUCGGGAAACCCAUCAUCAAACAGAUCCUCUAGCGCCUCACGCUUCUCUUCAUCACUCUUCUUCUCAUCUCUCAUAACCCCUUCCCACUUCUUGAACUCAUCGUCAGUAAGUAAACACUCAUCCAACAUCUUCUCAAGGGCCUUGUGAUCCAGGUUCUCUCCAAUAAACACCAAUUCCUGACGUCUAUCGCCCCAUUCCCCACCCUUCUUAAUAUCAUGCUGCACAAGCCCAUCAACCUCUGGGUCGCCGGUUGUAUACUCCUCCGCAGGAAGGGUGCAGAACCAUGGACGUCCACCGGUUAGUGUGAGCAUAGCUCCAGCUUGGGACCAGUCUCCUGCGCGGUGGGGACGUGUGGCGAGGAAGAAUUCACCCUUUGAGCGGAAGAGACGUGCGAAGAUGGGAUGUUUCCGCUUGGUGUCGAGGAUUACUUCGUUAGAGGGUGUGAAGAGAUCCUCUGCGUCUUGCAUUUCAGAGUCAUCAAACUUUUGCUUCUUGGACGCAGGCUCGGGUGAAGGGGCAGAUUCAACGGUGGAAUGGGAGCUGCGAGGUGAUGAUGGGGCUGAGCGCUUUCCUCGGGAUGAAGAGGAGUCAGAAGUGUCUUGGUCGGCUACAACAUCUUCGGUUGAGUCCUCAGCAUCUGGGUAAUCGACCAUCUCAAGGUCUUCGUCUUCGUCUUCUUCCUCUCCCUCCUCAUCGUCGUCUUCGGGCUGCUCAAGCUGCAAGAUGAACUUGUCAUACAGCAGUGCCCAGAGGCGGCGUGGGUGGAAUGGUCGAUGACGGCUGUAGAUGCAGCUUCGUACAGAGUAUUCUUCAGUCUCAGGCUUUGGUGUAAGGACAUUACGACCGUUGACCUGGGGCAACAUCAGUAAGUGAAUCCCACUUCGUUAUUGAUACGGGGACGGAUAUAUCAUACCUCACGAACGGUCAUGGCAUGAAGGUCUUGAAGCCACCCAUAACCAGACUGGGCAACCUGAAGAUUAAACAUGCCAGUGUUGACAAUCUGCUUGACAUCGACCUUACCAUAGCUCGAUUCAAGGAUCUUGGCCCGAUGGUUGAGCUUCUUGAUCAAGUCUAGCAGGCGGGGUUUUGUCGACACGUCAACCUAACAUUAUGUUAGCUUA